UCUCUCAGAUAAUUACAUAUCCAUGGCUUUCCCAACUCCAUAACCCACAAGUCUCCUCUCAAUAAAGGCGUCAGCAUCACCAACUCACCCCUAAAAGCCCGUUUGGAGAGAGGGGCUUAGAGAAGAAACAUCAUUUGCUUCCUUCAAAAGGGCCGGCUGGAGAAAGAGAAGAAAAGAUCAAUUGUACUCAAAGAGGGAAAAUGGGUAGGGCUCCUUGCUGUGAUAAGGCAAACGUGAAGAAGGGACCAUGGUCACCUGAAGAAGAUACUAAGCUCAAAGAGUUCAUCGAGAAGUAUGGAACUGGUGGUAAUUGGAUUGCUCUCCCACACAAAGCUGGUCUGAAGAGAUGUGGGAAGAGUUGCAGAUUGAGAUGGCUUAACUAUCUAAGACCCAACAUUAAGCAUGGAGAAUUUUCUGAUGAUGAAGAUAAGAUUAUCUGCACUCUCUUUGCUAGUAUUGGAAGCAGGUGGUCAAUAAUAGCGGCUCACUUGCCUGGCAGGACUGACAAUGAUAUCAAGAACUACUGGAACACAAAGCUCAAGAGGAAACUCAUGGGUUUAGUCCCUCCUAAUAAUUCCUCUCAAAGAAAACCCCUUCAUCACCAAUCCUUCCCAUCUCAUCAUCUUCAAAACCCAUCUUCAUCACCAUCACUAUCAUCUUCAUCUUCAUUUAAAGAUAGUAAUAUUCAUACCACUUACUACAACCCAACUAAAUCUUUCACAACCCCUGAGCCCAUUUCAAUCCCACCAAAUCUUUGGAGCAACACCAAUGUUUCUAUUACCACAACUCCUGUUACUGCUUCCCUUCUCAGACCUCAAGAGAGCAUAGUGAGUCCCUUGUACCAAUACCAAGUGAAAGACAAUUUUAUCAUGCUUGGAGGUGCUGAACCAAGUUGCAGCUCUUCCAAUGGGAGUAGCAACAACCAGAUCAGCUAUGGCAAAGAAAUUGAAUUUGAAUAUGGUGGUGGUGGUGGUGUUGGUGUUAAUGGUGAGCAGCAGCAAAUGGGUCUGGGGACAUAUCUCCUUAAUGGGGUUGAAGAAAACCAGAAAUUCUUCCUGGGUGGCAACAGUGGAGGUCAUGGAUUAGAUGGGUGGACUGAGAAACCAAAUGGGUUGUGGGGAGAAGUUCAGCCAUUAGAGAAUGGAAUAGAGGAGAUUAAGCAGCUUAUUAGCACUCAUGGCUGUAACAGUUUCUUUGUUGAUGAAAACAAGACACAAGGGAGGGCUAUGUACUAUUGAAAUUGACACUGACUGUAAUGUAAAUCAGAAAAAGAUUUGAAGGGGUAAGGUGGGAGGAGGCUCAAGAUCCAAUUAGUCAGACAGGAGGAGUGAGGGUGAGGGGAGGGUUUUUUUUGUUGUUUGAACACUUUUUAACUGUACGUUGGUUAAAGUUUCCCCUUGAGCAUUUCUUUUUGGGAAAUGAUGUGUGUUUUCAGUUCCACUGCACUAUCAAUCAGAAAUUUAAUGUCAUGGAAACUGGAGAAUACAUCAUCAUCAUUCAAUUCAAGAAUCAGACCCAAGCAUGCUACUGUGCUUUCU